AGCGCGCCAGCUCGUCGGAAGCCGGGGUUACUGAGAGCCUGGGGAGAGAUCGGAGAAGCCUCAGCGGUCAGCACAGCGCCCACCGGGGCUGCGGAUGGCGAGUUUCACCGAGAUGCUGGAGGUGGAGGCCAGGCCCAGGCGGCUAAAUGACACUUGUGUCCUCUCGGUGGACAUGGAACUCUUUCUCCACUACUCUCUCAUCCCAUCACUUGUCAUCAUUUUGGUCUUGUCCUUUCUCCAAAGACGACAGUACCGCAGAGAAAGAGACGACACCUCCCUUCUGGGAAACCACUUUGCAAUCGUCAUGCCUCUGGACUUCGUGGGCACUUUUAGUAACCGAUGGUCCUAUGGAAUUGCCUUUGGGGCCACAGCCAACAGGGUCAUGUUCUUGUUCUCCGAAGGCUACCAGCCCAUGCGUGUCCCUCAGUGGGCCCAAGCCUUUUUGCUGCUGAUUGGAGGCCUUGAAGUCGGCCUGGCCCACUUCCCCUUCUUUGCCUGCCUCUCGUCGCAGUUCCGGCUGGUCAGCUCCAUCCUCGGCUUCUGCUACUCUCUGAUCUGGUUUGUUGUCACCAUUCUUCAAGUCUCCCAGUGCCCCCACGGGCAGUUCCUGGGGAGGUAUGAGGCCGUCGUGUUCCACUGGCCCUCGCUGCUCUGCCUCGCUUUCCUGCUGGGCCGCUUCCUGCACAUGUUCGUCAAGGCUCUGAGGGUCCACCUGGGCCACGAAUUCCAGGCGGAAGAAAGCCCCAUGCUGGAAGCGCACCAGGCCCAACACGUCCAGGAGCUGCUGCGGAAGCCGCGCCCGCUAGAGAAAAAGAAGUCUUGGUUCCAAACCAGGAUAUAUGAGUGGGACCCCUGCUUUCACUUCCCCAGCAGAAUGAUCGGAACUAUUGUGCUGGCUUUCAUCUGCCUGUAUCUGUUCAUCGUCACGGAGUUCUGCGUGUUUGUGUACAUAUGCGAUGAGCUGGAUGUGUUUGAGGCCAAGCUGGAGGGCUACCUCACCUCCGUGAACCAGACGGGCGCCCUGACCCCAGUCAUCCUGCAGGUCAAAGAGCUGAUCAGUGUCACCAAAGGAGUCUGGGUGGUGACCAUUUUGCCUGCCUCCCUCACGUGUGUGAGCUACCUGUUCCACAUUCUGGUCUGUUACAGAAAGCACAUGAAGAGGCUAUGGGCAGGAGACAAGCACUUCCUCCCCUUGAAGUUCCAGAACCCGUCGUCGUCGGGGAGCGUGGUGGCCAUUGCAAGGUACUCUGGCUGGCAGAUCGCCUACAUUCUUUGGGGCUAUCUCAUCAUCCACGUGGUGCAGAGCCUGUGCGGCAUGGCCAUCACGUAUGGCCUGGUGCUGCCCUGUAUGCACAACCGCAGCCUGGAGAUGCUCCGAGGGCUGGGCAUCGGAAUCCUCACCGUGUCCAUCGUCGUGGGCCUCAUGAUCCUGCAGGUGUGGAUCGCCUCCAGCUUCUUCCUGCAGCCAAAGCUGGGCCCGGCUGACAAGCAGAAGCCCCUGGCUCUCAACAACAGGAAAGCGUUCCACAACUUCAACUACUUCCUGUUCUUCUACAACGUGCUGCUGGGCCUGGGGGCCUGCCUCUCCCGGCUGCUCAUCAGUUGUGUCCUGGGCACGUGGCUGAUCGCGCGCAUCGACAGGACCAUCAUGCAGAGUGGCUACGAGGCGGCAGACAUGGGGUUCAGUGCAUGGACUGGCAUGCUCUACGUGGACCACUACCACACCAACCCAGUGCUCGUCAGCUUUUGUCACAUCCUGAUCACGGGCCACAGGGAGAGGAAGGUGCAGAAGGCCAUACAGUACUGGUAUCUAAACUCAUCAGCAGGUCCCCGCAUCUCAGCCAGGUCCAGGACGAGGUGGUUCCUGCUGAAGACCCUGAUCAACAACCCCGGACUCAUCACGCUCAGAAAAUCAAGACCAGAGCACAGCUCCUAGGAGUUUACCCGGCCCCUGCUAACGUGCUCAGAGAGCUGGCGCUGGCCCCAUGUUCCCUGCCAGGCCAGGCCACAUGCGCCUGAGAGAGGCUCUGCCUAACCAGCAGCUGUGCCUGCAAUGAGAUGGGCUGGCACAGGCACUGCCCGUGCCUAUGGCAAACAGCAUUGGACACUCACGGGACGGCUGGGGGUGCUGAAGUCUCAGUACUGUUUUACUCCACUGAGGGAAAAAAGCAAUCAAAAACUAAAGAAAAGUCAGAUGAACAAACUUUGCCCUUGAAUGACUCCCAUGGUCCAUUGUGGGUAGGCAGCGGUGGGGAGUUGCACUUAGUUUAAAUACGAGAGAGAACUGUGCAUCACUACAGAAGGUGGCAGGGGGUCCACACCAGCAAGGCUCACCCCUCAGACUGUCUUUCUCUGGAAUAGAAUGUGGCCUUCAGCCCAGUGGGGUCCUCACUACUUCCUUCUUUCCAGGCUGCAUGGGGGGUGGGAGAGAAGGCAAUCCAUCAUUCCUGCCUCCCUCCUCCCACCGAUCUGGGAGGCUGAGUAGACACAGGAGCUCUCCUUCCCGUGGGCGCCAGAACAAGGAAGGGCUCAGAGCUGACCUGGGCCGUGGGCACAAAGGAGAUGCAUAGAUUCUCUCCGACCAGGGCAGGAGUACCUGGAAAGCCACCUGCCUGAGGAGGCAUUCCAGCGGAGGGAUAGACAAGCCCGCAGGUGAGUCAUGAGGCUGGGGGCUGCUCAGAGCCGUCCCAAGGGGGGGCUGCUCAGAGCUGUCCCAAGGGGGCCUGGAUGCCAGGCGAGGAGGCUUAGUCCCUUGCUACUUGCCACACUUCUUGUGCCAAAGCCUAGGGCUCUGAUGGCCUCAGGUCUGUUCAGAACCUGACCAUUCAGAGCCCCUCAGGAAGCCUAGGCAGGUGACAUGAGGACCCCAGCAACAUGGCAGAGGAAACUCCCCAUCCACCUCCUGUGCCAGAGCACCUGUCACGUGGUUGUCAUAAUUAAGCACCUGCUGUAAACCUAGUCGUGUUUCAAAGCAUGUUUGCCAGAGCUGUCUCUUUUAACUUAGCAAAGAAAUUUUGUCAUUCUGUUCUCCGAAAACUGAGAAAACUAGGAUCCUCACACAACUGCUUUAUAGCUGAGUGGCAUAGGCCAAGUUACUCCGUCAUUCUCUGUUCACUUUCCUUAUCUGUAAAAGAAUAAUACCUCGUACUACCCAAAAUUGUUUUGAAUAUAAAAUGAAUUCAUA